AUGCUUUUUAUGGAUAGAGCUCACCAGGUCGCAAAGCACCUACCGGUUACCACCCCCAGAGAUGUGCUGGCCAAAAUGCACUACUUCCAUGUGAAGGAAACUAUUGUGGGAUCUAAACAGGACACAACAGAACCAUACAUCCAAGUGUAUGCAGUCCUGUCAGCAGAAACACUUCACAGAAGGCGAGCCUUCCGGGAAGUAAUGACCGAACCGAGGAACAGCAGAAUCCCAUACCGUUGGGGAUUCCCCGCAAAACUUCUGAUUAACAGAGAUGGCAAGUUACAAGCUGUCUCGGCUGUCACAGCGGGCACCCGCCUGCUAAGGCAAUGGGGCUACCUUACAAAAGCUCUGGGUGACAACACAAAACGGAGUGCUGAGAUCCCCCAAGAGUGGCACACCAUCCGACACCCGAAAAUGCAUAGAAGAGUGAGAUGA